AUGUUACGUAGAUAUUUCGGAACAUCAGCCGCUAGGUUCCAGACGAUUGGGAAUAUUAAAGGAAGUCAAUUGAAUGCAACUAAAUACUUACAAAAGGACUAUCAUGUCAUUGAUCACCAGUACGAUUGUCUUGUUGUGGGUGCCGGUGGUGCUGGAUUAAGAGCAGCAUACGGAUUAUCUGAUGCAGGGUUUAAGACUGCUUGUAUUUCAAAGUUAUUUCCAACGAGAUCACACACGGUUGCGGCUCAGGGGGGUAUCAAUGCUGCGUUGGGAAAUAUGCAUAAGGAUGACUGGCAUUGGCACAUGUAUGAUACAGUGAAGGGAUCAGAUUGGUUGGGAGAUCAGGAUGCUAUCCACUACAUGACCAAGGAAGCCCCAGACUCGAUUUACGAAUUAGAAAACUACGGUGUUCCAUUUUCCAGAAACGAAGAAGGCAGAAUCUAUCAAAGAGCGUUCGGUGGACAAUCGAAAGAAUUCGGUAAAGGCGGACAAGCAUACAGAACCUGUGCUGUUGCUGACAGAACUGGACAUGCAUUAUUACACACGUUAUACGGACAAUCUUUGAGAAAUGAUACCCAUUUCUUUAUUGAAUUUUUUGCCAUGGAUUUGAUGAUGGAAGAUGGAAAAUGUGUUGGUGUUAUCGCCUAUAACCAGGAAGACGGUACAAUCCACAGAUUCCAAGCCCAUAAGACUGUUAUUGCUACCGGUGGUUAUGGGAGAACUUAUUUCUCAUGUACUUCUGCACACACGUGUACCGGAGAUGGUUUCGCUAUGGUUUCCAGAGCUGGCUUACCAUUAGAAGAUAUGGAAUUCGUUCAAUUCCACCCAUCUGGUAUCUAUGGUUCUGGUUGUUUGAUUACUGAAGGUGCAAGAGGUGAAGGUGGUUUCUUACUUAAUUCUGAAGGUGAAAGAUUUAUGGAACGUUAUGCCCCUCACGCUAAAGAUUUGGCAUCAAGAGAUGUGGUUUCUCGUGCGAUGACCAUGGAAAUCAAUGAAGGUAGAGGUGUAGGUAAGGAAAAGGAUCACAUCUAUUUGCAAUUGUCCCACUUGCCUCCAUCUGUUUUGAAGGAAAGAUUACCAGGUAUUUCGGAAACUGCGCAUAUUUUCGCCGGGGUCGAUGUCACCAAGGAACCAAUCCCAAUUUUGCCUACUGUUCAUUACAAUAUGGGUGGUAUCCCUACCAAUUACAAGACCGAAGUCUUGAAGAAGGGACCUGAUGGAAAGGAUGAGAUUGUCCCAGGAUUGUUUGCUUGUGGUGAAGCCGCAUGUGCCUCCGUCCACGGUGCAAAUAGAUUGGGAGCAAAUUCGUUAUUAGACUUGGUGGUAUUCGGAAGAGCAGUAGCACAUACCAUCACCGAUCAAUUGACACCAGGUACUCCUUUAAAGCCAUUGGACGAGCACUUGGGUAAGGAAUCGAUUGAAAACUUGCACCACUUGAGGACCGCUGAUGGUGACAAAACCACCGCGUCUAUCAGAGCUGAAAUGCAGAAAACUAUGCAAAGAGGAUGUGCUGUUUUCAGAACUCAAGACUUGUUAGACCAAUGUGUCGAAAAUAUCGACAAAAUUGACAAAACCUUCAAGGACGUUAAGACUACCGACAGAUCGAUGAUCUGGAAUUCGGAUUUGGUCGAAACAUUGGAAUUGCAAAAUUUAUUGACCUGUGCUACACAGACAGCAUAUUCUGCAGCUGCUAGAAAGGAAUCAAGAGGUGCCCAUGCCAGGGAUGAUUAUCCAAACAGAGAUGAUGAAAACUGGCGUAAGCACACGUUAUCCUACCAAACGAACUUUGGUGAUCAGGUUAAAUUGGAUUACAGAGAUGUUGUUAAGACCACAUUGGAUGAAAAUGACUGUAAACCAGUGCCUCCUGCAGUUCGUGUUUACUAA